UCCGCUGAUCUCCUCACCAUGCCCGAGCCCGCCAAGUCCGCGCCCGCCCCGAAGAAGGGCUCCAAGAAGGCGGUGACCAAGGCGCAGAAGAAGGACGGCAAGAAGCGCAAGCGCAGCCGCAAGGAGAGCUACUCGGUGUACGUGUACAAGGUGCUCAAGCAGGUGCACCCCGACACCGGCAUCUCGUCCAAGGCCAUGGGCAUCAUGAACUCGUUCGUCAACGACAUCUUCGAGCGCAUCGCGGGCGAGGCGUCGCGCCUGGCGCAUUACAACAAGCGCUCGACCAUCACGUCCCGCGAGAUCCAGACGGCCGUGCGCCUGCUGCUGCCCGGCGAGCUGGCCAAGCACGCCGUGUCCGAGGGCACCAAGGCCGUCACCAAGUACACCAGCUCCAAGUAGGCGCGAGCGAGCGGCCCGACUCCUGACCCAAAGGCUCUUUUCAGAGCCACUCAGUCUUCUGAAAAGAACUGUGACUCGCUCUUAUACCGGGGACUGCCUGAGUGACCUGGAAUUGUCAGCAGAGAAGACGAUGUCUAGAAGAAUAUGGAGGACGGUGGCUAAAGUCAGCAGGAAGGAGAUGAACAUGCAGAGGGCAUUUUGGCCCAUCUAGACAAGGUUCACACAGCGGGGCCCUCACACGCCAGCAUUUAUGUCACUUUAUUGGUUUUCAUUGGAAUUUAUAGCUGGUAGCUCCAAUAAUUCACAUGAUUUGCUCCAAAUAAUUUUUGUCAAUAUUUUUUACCUAAAGAAUAAUUUCUAGAACAGAGAGAAAGAGAUUGAAGCAUAGAAACAGAUGAGAAAAAUCUGAUUCUAAAGGACAGUUUUUCCUGAGUUUUAUCACCUGAGUAGACUGAUGCCUGCUAGCUGGGUGUCGUGGAUACUUCAAUGAGCCUGUGAUUCUUUCUUUUUCUUUAAUCUUCACUCAAGGAUAUGUUUAUUGAUUUUUUUUUUUUUGAGAGAGAGAGAGAGAGAGAAAGGGAGGGA